CGCGGAAAGCAGGAUAGCUUUCACAGUUCUCUAUUUGAAGUGGCCCUAGAGUGAAGCCAUGGCUGUGGUUCGGAGUUUAGCGGAAGUCUUCCCGGUACUUCUGACGGCGUUUAUCGCGGUCUCCGCCGCUGACCCCACCUGCCCCUCCCCCUGCACCUGCACGGACAUGUACGGGGAGCUGACCGUGUCCUGUGCCGGCCAGGGACUCACAGAAAUCCCGCCCAACAUCCCCACAGACGUCAUGUGGCUGAACCUCAAGUACAACAACAUCACAAGGAUAACCAGCAACAGUUUCAGAGGGUUACAGAACCUACGUGGCGUGGACUUAGCCAAGAACAACAUCAACCACAUCUCAACUUCCGCAUUCAGAGAUCUACAGCGUCUACAAACCGUGGACAUUUCCGUUAACCAGCUAUCCACACUGUCAGAGGAAGUCUUUAACGCUUCUAUCACAUCAGCGAGACAGGAACAGAGAAACUUCUUCGUCUAUAUGUCUGAUAAUCCGUGGAACUGUGACUGUGGGUUAAAAUGGCUGGCAGAGAAACUCAAAACUGGGUCUCACCACUACAGUAAUAGACUGAUAACAUGCAACAAGCCCGAAUAUUUGAGUGGAAAAGAGUUAGAAAAUGUACCGCUAGAUCGUCUAGUUUGUGCACCAAAACUUGGAGCAGACUUAAACGUAAAUUUCAUGGAAGUAUUCAAUACUGUAACGCCUACUCCUACUAGUAAACCACUGCUGAGGGAACCGGAUAAGUACAGGACAGAUAAAAUGUCGUUUAACAUAGCCCUGGGCACUGCUGGAGCGGUGAUUGUCAUUAUUGUAGUGGGUGUAAAAAUACACGAGUUUUACAAACAGAAAUGUUCACAUCGCCGACAGCCUGUCAUGGAAGACUUAGAAACACUGGUUUAAAAGAAAUAUUCAAUUUUAAGUACUAGUAAUCAUAACUUUUUUUUAUGUUUAACUUUCAAGAUGGACACACAAAAAAAACAAAAGUCAAGAUCGAUUCACAACAGGUAUUGUAUAGAAUCACACAAUGUUGCACAUCUGUUAGAAUACACUAUAGAUAGUUACAUUGUAGACACUACAGCAGAAACCAUAGAGUGUGCCUUCUUAAAGAUAGCAAACUUAGACUGUAUGACUUUAGUAUCAAUAAAAUAGAGUUGUCUUGUAUAUAGAUUAAUGCCUUAUUCAGAUAAGGGCCAAUACGGCGAAAAUGUUAUAGAUUUUAUAUUUAUUGUGUCAAUUUCAAGUUAUAGUUUGUGUACUUUAUUGUCAAGUCUAUGGAUGACACCUGCCCAUGUUGUACAUAUAUAGUAAGGAUUGUAAAUGUAUCCUGAUUUCAAUAGAAAGUAUAUGUUCUAAUCUUUAUGUAAAUGUAAAACACCACAUGUACACUGAUAGUCUUUAAACCAUUGUAUGUCAUUACAAAUACCACUGCAUGUACAAAGCACAACAACGAGGAAAGUCUCUGAAAUAAGCUUGGAACUUCUACACUGCAACACACACCGGAUAUGU